AGUAUUUUAAAAUCAAAUUGUUUCAAAGCACUCCGGAGAUCUCACCGGAUAAUUUGAGCCAGAAAAAUAGAAAAUCGAUCUAGACGCUCGCUGAAAACAACGUUUCAAAGUUUUUCUCAAUUUUCUUAAAAACAUCUUAUUUAAUAAUGCGUCAGUAUUUUUAGCCCAAAUUUUAUUAAAACACUCAAGAGACUUCACCGAACAAAAAAGAAUGAUCCAUCGAUUCAUUCAAAGAAGCGUUAUAUAGGUUUUAGCGGACGACCCAAAAACAUAACCCUCGUUUCGCUUCGCUUAGUCGGUUACUUAAUAAAAUAUUUUUAAUUAAUUAUAUGCUUGACAUACCAAAAAAUAUAGGAUUUACGGAUAACUACAUUUUUGCAAUAUUUUUUAUAAAUGUUUUAUUGUAUGUUUUUGAAAAUAGAUGUGAAGAAAUGGAUGUUGCUGGAAAUUGUUUAGGAGGUAGAAUUUACAGAUGGGGAAAAACAUUUGGUAAAAUGUUUAUUCCAGUUUACUAAAAUUAAACCCGAAAAAGGAUAAUUAAAAACUAACAAGCAUAAACAAAAAUUAUUUAUUAUUCAAAGGGCUGUAAGUGAAAGCUGUAUGAUAGAUAUUUUUGUUGAGUUAAUUUUGUUAUGAAAAGCCUAUUUUGUCUCCAACAUUUACUGCAAUAUAUUUCCAAAACUGAAGAAUACAGUAUAAUUGGAUUAUUUAGAAUAUUUUAUCUGAUUUUAAAAAAAAAAAAAAAAAAAAUGUCUAUUCAAAUCUACUUCUGUGUCAUACCAUUGCUUUCUUCGGGGCCACGUAUUAAUCUCUGCAACAGCCAAGGUUCGCACGUCUGGUUGCAACAAUCCCUUAAUAUUCAGAUUGCGAUCUUUCAAGGGCGGGAUGGCCGAAGUAUAUAAAGCUCUGGAUGGACUGGGUAGGGUACAUUGGUCUAACAGAUACAAGAAGCAUGAAGGUCCUUUUGUUUACUCUAUCAGUGGUAGGAUGUGCCCUAGCAGAAACUCCUUACCCACAGCCAAGGAAACCUGAAGGAGCUCUUUUGCUAUUGCCUCCCGAGUACAACAAGAAGUCAGAAUAUAAUUACCAACCGAGCGAAGCAGAGGACUUGGGGAAGAUAAGCGACAAGGUGAUGCAGAGGCUGAGACAAGAACAAGGAUCAGGCUCCGGCAGCUACCACGUCUACCUGAACGACGGUCGCCUCCAGAAGGUCCAGUACACCACGGCACCCCUGAAGAGCGGACAACAGAACUCCCCAGCCCAGCAGUACAAGCAGUCGGAGAACGGGCUGAACCCGAUCAUCGCCCAGUUCGGGAGACUCCAACAAGAACUGCAGGAACAGCAGAUCCAACAGCUGCAGCAGAGGCAGCAACAGCUGGAACAGCAACAACAGGAGCUGAGGCAGCAGCAGCAGGAGCUGAGGUCUGCCAGCUACCUGGCCAGCAUCCGCUACUCCAACGUCGACCCCAUCACCUCCCCGAUCUACUCAUACAAACCCAGUCCAGUCACUAGGAUCCUCAGAUACGCUCCUCAAUAUUGAUCAUUUGUAUUCAAAAUAUAAUUAUUGAAUAAAGUAAA